GAGCCCCCACCGCGGCCCCGCCCACAGGGGCCCUACCCGAGCCGGUGCGCGGCGCGGAGGGGAGGGCUCGCCGGGGCAGGAAUGCGCGGCGGGCGGGCGGCGCAGGAGGCGAGCGGCGGAACAUGUAAGGGCACAUCCCGCGAGCUGCCGCCCAGCGCACACACAGAGCCCAGGAGAGCGAGCGGGCGGGCGGCGAGGCUCACGGGCCGGGGAGGCGCAGAGGCAUCGGGCAGAGGCGGGGCGGGGCAUCUCGGCUGAAGCGGGGCGGCUGGCGCCGAGCGGGCAGAGGCAUCAAUACGCAGCGCUCGGGCAGCGGUGUCCUGAGGGCCGCGGCGCGGGCGCACGGUGCAGUCAGGGCGCCAGUGAGUAGGGGGCACAGCCAGCUAGCCCAGGGCCCCAGAACCCGGCUCUGCCGAGCGGGGAGGGGCGUCACACCCGCCGCAGCCUACAGCUGUCUCGGAACCGUGGGGUGCCCAUGACGGCCGCGGCGACCGUGCUCAAGGAGGGCGUGCUGGAGAAGCGCAGCAGUGGGCUGCUGCAGCUGUGGAAGCGGAAGCGCUGCGUGCUCACCGAGCGCGGGCUGCAGCUCUUCGAGGCCAAGGGCACCGGCGGCCGGCCCAAGGAGCUCAGCUUCGACCGUAUCAAGGCUGUGGAGUGUGUGGAAAGCACUGGGCGCCACAUCUACUUCACGUUGGUGACCGAGGGCGGCGGCGAGAUCGACUUUCGCUGCCCCCUCGAAGACCCUGGCUGGAACGCCCAGAUCACCCUAGGCUUGGUCAAGUUCAAGAACCAGCAGGCCAUCCAGACAGUGCGUGCCCGGCAGAGCCUUGGGGCCGGGACCCUCGUGUCCUAAACCACCAGGCGUACCAUCUUAACCUUCAUGCUCCCUACAACUGCUGGUGCUUGGAGGUCAUGUCAGCUUCCCUGCCCCCUUUGGCUGGAGGAGGCAUGACUGUGCUUCAUGUGGCGAGGCAGAAGCCAUGGACAUGUGGAGGAGGCACUGGAGCUGAGGGAAUGGACGGAGCCCAGACAAGAGGGCAGAAGGCCUUGAAGGGCUGAGGAUGAAGAUUCAGCCCUUCCAUACUCUCAGACUCUCAGGACAUGCCCAGCUCAGGGUCGUCUGGCCACAGGCUGGCCUCAUAUAGCACAAUGGAGAGCUGGUAUCAAAGCCCCCUCUCUGCUGUAGUCCUGCCAUCUGUCUUGCAGACUGCUGUUACCCCCCUGGCUUUGUGCCAUGCCUGGAGGAGGGCAUUCCCAAGGAGAAUGGCAGCAAGCCAACGCCUCAGAACUCAGAAGGCCAGCCUGGUACCCAGAGGAGGAACUAUGCUGGGACAGUCUCUGGACUCACCUUAAGAAGGGGGGAGCUGCUGGGCCUGAGGCCCACACCUGGGGGUCUCCUGCUGCUUAGGUCCUUUCGGGACCCCCACCCAUCCAGGCCCUUUCUUUGCACACUUCUUCCCCCACUCUACCCUUUUUCCCUCCACUGUGGUGUUAGGCCUGGAAGUGGUGGGGGUGGGAGUGGGUUUGGCCAUUACCAUUUCAUGCCUAUCCCAGAAUGAAGAUGCCCUACAAGGGCA